AUGGACCAGCACCUAAAAGGCGUCAACAAUCGGAUGGAAGCAGGACGGAAGCGGUCACUGGAUUCGUCCAGUAGCAGUGAGGAUAGCGAUAGUACAGAGGAGGAACACAACACUGUCUGUGGAGCGGUGAAAGAGUCUUGCUAUAUCGAUGAACACACAAAAAACGAACGGAAAAAGCGGAAAUUGCGUGAGUUCCGUAAUUUCUUGAUGCCUAAGAAUGCGAUUGCAGCACUACACGAACUCCAGGGUACCGGUAUCACAGAGUAUAUCGUGACCAAGCACGGAACACAAACGAAGGCAAAAAUCGUGAUCAACAACGUAAACACGAAUGAAGGAACAGCAGAAUACGCCUCAAAAGCAGCAGCAACAGACAAAUUGGACAGUCUACCGGUUGAUGUUGAAACGGAAGCAAUCGAAUACGUUGAAAAGGAGGAUAUACCGAUUGAACUUCUCGCUUCGUUCGCGCUGCAUAAACUGUUCACCGAAUGGGAGGCCGAAGGAUUCAAGAUGCCGAUUAUUAAGAUGUCGCGGGAGAAAUCGACCACCCGGGCAGAGGAACUGGCACCGGAAGAGGCAGAGAAUGGGUUGAUCCGUACGCCGUUAAGGCCGAAGCUAAUCAAAACCGUAGCGGAUUUGCCACCGAACGCCAACAGAUACCAUCCGACCGCAUUGUUUACAUAUAUGCGCCCAAAAGUUUUGUACGAUGAUCUCGAUUCGAACAACGAUCGGCUGCAUCCAGAGUUUACAGUCCGCUUGCAGUCUGACGGUCACGAUUUUAUCGGUAAGGCCCGUUCGAAGAAGCUGGCUCGAAAGGCAGCUGCAAUUGAUGCCUGCAAGCAACUAUUUGGCGUAGUGUUUGACGAGAGUUUUGAUAUAGAUGCCUGUUGUAAGGUGUCAUUGCAGAUACCCGUUCACACUACUAGCUCGCGAAAAGGAUGGGGUUUGUACCAAGAUUGGUUCUGAUGUACAUAAUAUCUUGCAAUGGAGUCAAAAAGUGUAAACAUUUACAUUUUAUGCUGUAUCCCGGCCAUAUGAAGCGCAUCCUUUAAGCGACGAGUUUUAUUUUUGGUUUCAAUUGGAACAUUCUUUCAAUUAAACAACACUCUCUUUUGUUCUUUACAAUGAAAUAUAUUUGUUUUCGUUGCCAACACACAAUUUUCUUUGUCGAUA